ACCAAAAUAGAAGAUCGCUUUGCAACUAUCUUCUUCUUACAGAAGGACGUCUUGCAUCCCGGGGCCAACAAGACCAUCCAUUUUAUCCGGACCAGCUCUGGCGCCACCCUUCUUCCUCGUCGCAUGGCUGACUCCAUUCCCUUCUCAUCCAUCAAGCUCCCAGAAAUGCUUGCCCGCCUCUCCAUUAACCCCAACUCCACCGAAGCAGAAUCCAUGAAGAAGACGCUUCAGGACUGCGAGGCGCCUCCAGUUGAUGGAGAGACCAAGUACUGCGCAACCUCCCUCGAGUCCAUGGUGGAUUUUAGCACGUCGACCCUUGGGACACGUAACAUCCGGGCCUUGUCAACGACGUUGGAUAACCAUGCUACCCCGAAGCAAGUGUACACCAUGUCCAAGGUGCAAAAGCUGGCUGGCUCUAAGUUCGUGUCUUGCCAUGUUAUGAAUUAUAUAUACGCUGUGUUUUACUGCCACUCACAAAGCACGGUAGCAUACACAUUGUCGAUGGUGGGGAAGGAUGGGACAAAGGUGGAGGCCGUGGCUGCAUGCCACACUAAUACGGCCGAAUUCAACCCCCAGUACGUGGCUUUCCAGGUGCUUCAUGUGAAGCCUGGGACUGUGCCAAUCUGCCACUUCCUGCUCGAGAACGGCAUUCUAUGGAGUCCAAACAAAUAGAGCGUGUUGUACUUAGAGGUGAAGCUUUGUUUGCCUCUUUAUAUAUAUAUAUAUAUAUAUACUGUGCGUGUGUUAA